AUGAAGGAGACUAAGAUAAGAGUACAUGUUCGACAUCAAAAGGAAGACAUAAUACAGGCCCUGUUUGAUUGCAAAGAUGUUUUUGUGUCAUCCUAUGAUGACAUGCCUGGAUUAAGCACUGACAUGGUUGUUCACAGGUUGCCAAUUGAUCAUAAUUUUCCUUCGAUAAAGCAUAAGUUGAGAAAACUUAAAACCGACACGAGUGUAAUAAUUAAAGAGGAGAUCAGAAAAGAACUUGCAGCCAAAGUCAUUCGAGUCACUCAAUAUCCUUUUUUGUUAGCCAACAUCGUACCCUUCCCUAAGAAAGACGGCAAACAUGAUGACACUGGGAAGAAAGAGCGGGUCAUUUAUUACCUCAACAAGAAGUUUACCGUUUACGAAGCCAAGUACACCCUUCUUGAAAGAACGCGUUGUGCCCUAACUUGGAUAGCAAAGAAGUUGAAGCAUUAUCUUUCAUCUUACACUACUUAUCUCAUUUCUCGUAUGGAUCCGUUGAAACAUAUUUUUCAAAAACCCAUGCCCACAGAUGAAGAAAUAUCUUGUAUUGACGAAAUUAUUCACGAUAACAAUCAAGGUUGGAAUUUAUUCUUUGAUGGUGCCUCUAACAAGAAAGGAGUUAGAAUAGGAGCAGUUCUCAUGUCUGAAUCAGUGGAAUAUUACCCUAUAACAGCCCAACUUAGAUUCUAUUGUACUAAUAAUAUGUCUGAAUAUGAAGCAUGCAUUUUGGGUUUGAGGUUAGCUGCUAACAUGGGCAUCCAAGAACUGCUAGUGUUAGGCGACUCAUACUUGCAAGUUCAUCAAAUUCAAGGAGAAUGGGAAACUCGAGAACCAAAGAUCUUACCAUAUCAACAUUGUUUACAAGGUCUUUGUCAACGAUUCGUGUCAAUAAAGUUUAGACACAUUCCCAGAGUUCACAAUGAGAUUGCAGACGCAUUGGCCACUUUAUCUUCGAUGCUCCAACAUCCUGAUGACGCUCAUAUUGAUCCUUUAUACAUACAAAUUCGUGAUCAACAUGCUUAUUUCAAUAUGAUUGAGGAGGAAUUUGAUGGUAAACCUUGGUUUCAUGAUAUCAAAACAUAUCUUCAGUCUGGAGAAUGUCUGUCGGAUGUAACUAGUAAUCAAAAAAGGACUAUUCAACGACUAGCAAGGGGUUUUUUCUUAAGCGGAGGCAUGCUAUACAAGAAGACAGUCGAUUCAGGUCUUUUAAGGUGUGUAAAUGCUCAAGAGGCUUGA